UUCCUCAUGCAUAUGAAUGGAAUGACCACCCUUGUAGAACUUCAUCUCCCAGACUCCGAUGCGUGUCCUGGUGCCGCGAGGGGCCGCCCUGGAGUCCGUUGACAGUGGUAAUGGUGGCACUCGACUGGAGCGCGCUGAGACGACACGGAGUCGUUUUUUUAGGAACUUUUGUCUUUUUUGAAAAAAAGGGAUUUGGUUUUUAAAAUAACGUCUGGCAAGUAUGACGGAAACCGCCGUUCGUAGCGGGUGUUAGGGAAUUGACUCGUUGGGAAAAGGUUUUGUGGCAACUUCGGAGCCUGAGGUUUCUAAGACGAAGCAGGUCCCGGCAUAGCAGCUCCUGGAGCGGGGAGCGACUGGAUUUCAAACCGGGGGUCUGCCGUCGACAACAGGCGGUAACAAGCUUUGGUAGCACGGUAGCAAAAUAGCGGGGGAGUGGAAUUUGUGUCUUCGGCUAAACGAUUCUUCCCGGCGGGGGCUUGAGCUCCGGACAACCGGGACUGAGAGUGAUCGAGUUAGCCCAGACUGGAGGGAGGCCUCUGGCGACAUAAUGCUCGAAAUCAUGGCCGAGCAUCAAGAUUCCCUUCUGAAAUGUAAAGCGGAGUCUCUGCCUCCCGAGAAGAGAAAGCGAACUGUGGAAGACUUCAAUAAGUUCUGUAGUUUCGUCUUGGCCUAUGCAGGCUACAUCCCAUCCACCAAAGAGGCAAGCCAGUGGACGCCGCCAAGCUCCAACACCCCUCACAAGCCAGCAGGGGGCGGUGCAGACGCAGGAGAUGGCUGGGCUUCGGCCCAAUCCGACCUGCACACCAUCCAGACCUUCGUGCGCAAAGCCCGGGCCUCCAAGGGGAAGGGUCUUCGCCGGCUGCACUCGGACAGCUCCCUGCUGGACAAGAUGAGGCUCAAAGACUCCCUCUUCGACAGCAGCAGCAGCAGCACCGCCUCCUCGACACCCAGAUCAGAAAAGAAAAAAGAGAAGAAACUCAAGAAGCUUUCCCUGGGUUCUGCCACCUUAGCAACAGCAGGGGGCAGCACCAACACAGGCCAGGAGAAGCGAGCCCGCAUCAAACGCAGCAAAAACCCCAAGCCCACCAAGGCCCUGAAGAAAUUAAAGAGCUCUCCCCCGAGCGAGACGGACUCAGAGGGAAGAGCAAAGGAGGGGGAGGCGCCCAGCCUGGGGCCGGAGUUUCAGGAGAGCCUGGGUCUGAGCGGGCAGGGCUUUGGGGAGCAGCGGCCCAAUCACAGCAAGGAGGCGGGGUUUGCAGAGCUGCUGGGCGGGGAGUCAACCCGUGAUGCGGACGCCAGCUCCAGUGAGGGAGAGACCUGGAUUGCAGAUGAAGAUAUCAUGGUGGAGUCAGGUGACGACUCGUGGGACCUGAUCACCUGUUACUGCAGAAAACCCUUUGCAGGGCGGCCCAUGAUAGAAUGCAAUCAGUGUGGCAUCUGGGUGCAUCUCUCCUGCGCCAAGAUCAAGAAGUCCAACGUACCCGACAUCUUCUACUGCCACAAGUGCAAAGACACGCGCCUCGACCGCCGCUCCGGGCACAAGAGAGAGCCUGAGAGGGUCUGAAUCUGCCCCCCUCUGCACCUCCCUCACUCCCUAAACACGUGGACACGAGCCGCUAGGAAAGCAGGCUGCCUGGGACGCUGGUUCUAAAGCAGGCGAAGUUUGAAUGUAACGUGCGAUUCCUUUUUUUUUUGACAGUUUGUAAACCAGAAGGCUUUUAAACUCCUGGAAAUAAGGCAGGUGCAAGGUGAAGGUGAACUGAAUCCAGCGGUGAAUGCAGAAAGGUUGAACUGGGUUGUGAUUCUACUUUACUAUGUUGAUUUACCCUUCAAAGAAAAUGCUUGUCUAUAGCUUGAUGCUGGAAACCGUUUGUAAUCAGGAAGGCAUUAGCUAAAACAUUUGAUUACUGGUUUCUUUUAAGUUUUACCAAUUAGCCUUCUGCUCCAUCCUUUACAAUGUAUAAAGGAGAAGCUAAAUACAGAAACCACAAGCUGUUUACUGCUUUGAUAGGUUAGGUUAACCAGUGAUGAAUUUCACUUUCCAAGAAGUAUUGUCUUUACAAUCUAAAGUUAUAUGAAGAAUGUCUUUAAAUCUCUGCCUGUUUUCUGGUGAAGAUAAGUUCAUUCGGAAUGAUUUAGUAAUAAAAGCACAUUGCAACAGCAAAAAAAACAGAUGAAUCAAAUCUCAGGGUCUGCUAUAUAUCAUAUAUACCUGUAACACAAAUAAGUUUCAACGCAUUGUACGAUAAGACAUCUAACCUAUCCAUAUGUGGAAACUAAAUGAUCAUUUGUUAAUAUUUUAGACAAAUUCAGAGUCUUUUUUUUUUUCCCCCAGUGUGAAUAGUUUGAGUAAAAGCUGGUAGCAAAGACACUAAGGCACAGUGCCCCUUUCCUGUUAUUUUUUCUUAAAUAAUAUAUAAUCACAGAACCAUUUUUAAACCAUAAGGUUUUGACAAAUCUCAUUUUUUUUUUGGUGGAAAACAAGUUAUAUUUUGUAGCCAAGUUUUCAGCUCAAUACUAGGCACUCUGAUAAUUAUUUUCAUUGAAGGGCAUUUUCACAGUAAGUAGCUGCUGUAAAUAUUUUAAUGUCUCUUGAACUCGUUUUUUGAGUAAUUUGUCCCCAAAAUGAGGUGUCUUGGUUUGAAACGAUUGUAAAGACACUUGCUACAUUUGAGUUGAAAAAUGAAUAUAUCUCCGUGUAGACAAACAGUUUGGCUAAGCAUCUUUGCUAAAGACAUGUGUAUCCUCGGCAUUGCCUAAUUCCUUUGCCUGAUAUGGGUGAUGGAACUAUUCCUUAAGAUAAAGGAUUCCUAACCAAGGAUUUAAAAGCAAACCUCAAACACUUCAGCGCCCUCUAUGUCCAAUGCUGGUAUUGCUCAUUGAUUUUUAUUUUCCACACAACAGUAUUACAGAAUGAGCAUGUGAUGGUAAUUCGGUUUUGUAAAUGUUUCAAGAGCAUAUAAAACAGUAUGCAAAUAAGUUCGCAAAUAUGCUGGUUAUUCUGCCUAUUCUGGUAGAUCUGUGGUGAUCAUUUCACAUUUUCUUUUCAAACUGUUGUAAAUGAUUUAUUUGUAAAACAUGGUGGAAUUAUAGUACAUUGAUAAUUUAUACUAUAAGUUUUUAGGAAAUUAUACCCCAUUUUUGUUGUAAAAAGCACAUCAUUCAAGCAAAUUCCAGCAGCUGACUCUAAAUGUAGCAGAUGUCUUUAAAAUGGUCCCUCUGUGUUUUUCCAAUCACAGUGAUCCAGACUCGGAAAUCCAGGUGGGAGCACACAUUCAUUAAAGAUACAUGCAUCUCAGUUUUGGGACUCACUUGUGAGGGGUUGUGUCAGUAAGGUUUGUCCCACAUCUUAACCCCCCUGUAACACCUGCAGCAAUGGGACUAAGCAACCCAACCAAAGGGGCUUUAAACAGCAGACUGUAAUCACACAUCAGGUACUUGUGAAAAUACAUCUACAGUAGGGUUUUGAAUCUGCAAACACAACUACCUGAUGUAGAUCGUGAUUUCAGUUGAGUUGGAAAGUGGAACUUCAGUUUGUAAUCCUGAGUGACAGACAAGUAAAACGAAACAUGAUCUUUAACCCAGCAUACCUGUGUUGCAAAUUUCAAAUCGAGGUUCAAAAAAUUUCUAAAAUCGAAAAACGAAAGCAUGGUCAGUGACUAGCAUUUCUACUGGAAGUAUCUCUCAAUGAGAAACACUUCAAGUCAAAACGUUUGGACCUGAACUUUAUUCUUUAGGUAUUUCUGUGUUUCACACUACUGGUUCAUAGUUAUUGAUAACACGUAUUUGCAUCAUACCUUGUGUGUUAGUGCUAUAUAUACAAGUGAUGAGGCAGUUCGUCACCUGUUAUCUUUCUUUUAUCCAGGUACAUUAAGAGCCUGGCCUUUUCUCUUCUCGGUUCAGUUUAAAUGUUCAUACUGAGAGAACAUAAGCCAGUAGUUCAUGGUUGUGUACAUUGGUUGUAGAAUAAGCCCUUGCUGUUUGCAGACCCCCUUCCUUUCCCCACCCCAUUUAUUUUUUAAAAGUUGGGUCCUUUCCCAGAUCUUGUACAUAAUUUGACCCUGAUAUUGUAAAUAUGUGAGAAAAAAAAAAACAAAUGUUAUAUUUUCUGUAUCAGUUGUUUUUUCUUUAGUAAAUGUAGCUUGAAAAAUACAUUUCUUGAUCUUAA